AUGUAUACAUCCUACCAUGUGGCUAUUGCUCAGGGUGAACUUUUCUUCAUGCGUACAUCCUACCAUGUGGCCAUUCCUCAAGAUAAGCUUAACUUUACUGUGGUGACGGCCCUGUUUGACAUUGGCCGCGGUCAAUGGCGGAGACAGACCCGGCCAUUCUCGCAAUAUCUCGACUUUUCUCUUCAGUUGCUCAGUUUGGAUGUGAACAUGGUUGUGUUCGUCGACCCGAAAGCUUUGGAUUUCGUUCGGAAACAUCGCGUGGCCUGUCAAGACAGGACAGUGAUAAUCCCAACAAAACUUGGGCAGUUGGAAUAUUACAAAUAUCGUUCUCGGAUGAAGAUGAUUAUGUCGUCUGACGAGUUUCAAAAAGACAAUCAGCUAUUGAAUAAUGCUGAGGGGUUUUCUCCAGACUACGAUAUCGUCAUGAAUUCAAAGUUUUAUCUCUUGAACAAUGUCACGUACUCGAAUCCGUUUAACUCUUCUCACUUUAUGUGGGUCGACUCCGGUUACGGCCAUGGACAAGAUAUUGGCUUUCCCGAAAAUGGCGUUUGGAUUCCAAAGAGGUUCCUGGCGACCAAAAACACAGUGACCGUUAUACAGAUGAACAAUCCCAAAGAUUUUCAAAAUGUUCCUCAGCUUUAUAAACUCGACACGGAGCCGGCGUUUGUCGGGGGAUGUUUUGGUGGGGAUAAAAAUGCCGUAAGGCGGUUACAUGUCAUUCAUAACUACUUGUUCAAAAAGGCCAUGAAUAAUGGCUGGGUGGACGAUGACCAGACGUUUUUAUUACUCAGUUACUAUAACAGUCCGGAGCUCUUCAAUCCCGUCAAAGGAGGUUACUGGUCUGUUUUUGAUGUACUGGCAUAACCAUAAUAACCGUGACGUUGUCGCUACAGACCACAUUAUGAAUAGCUCUCUAUCAUCGCUGAGAGGUCGAAUAAAGGUGACUCGAUUCGUUUCUGUUAGGCAUUUGGCAUCGUGCUGUAGUUUCUAAUUGUCCGAAAGCAAAAAAUUAAUUAUGGCUGGAUUUCACUGGUGUUUCAUCCUUGGAAGAAACCAUAGGAAACCAAAUUAAACCACUGCCCUUCGCAAAGUACGUGACAAAUGACCGGACCUAAACCCGCAUCAGAAGUGCAAGGACGGCUGGAUCAGAGUCUACCACCGCUGAUGUGGUUCCGAUCUGGUGCGGUACGACACCAAGGUUUUAAACGGAUGAAACACGGAUUUCUGAUAAAUUAGGCCUACCUAUAAUAUAGAAUGACCAACAAAGUAUUUGAAAAUCAACAAAACUGUAGA